AUGAAUCGAAACAUUGCUCCUUCUAAAAUGUUCGACCGAAAAGCUCGGCGUAACGAAAAGGCUAGACAAAGAUAUGCCUCUUUAACUGAGGAGCAGAAAGAAAUCCAACGACAAAAACGCCGUGAUGCCUAUAAAAGUAAAAAUAAAAAGACAAAGACUACUUUUACGUCUUCAUUAGUAUUGAGAGGAAAAGAUGAUGAGCACACCAGUAAUAAGCAACUGUUACAGCAGGCUUUUCGCAUUUGUGAACCUAACUGUGGUCAUAAGCACCACCGUGAGUUAUACUUUCAUGAUACUGAACAUGAAAUCGCAAAUCGAUUGGCUUUUUCAACAAAACUAACUGAGAGCAUAGUGGUGAAACUCAUGGAACUCAUGAAAAGUAACCCUUAUGCUUGCUUUUUCCGAAGCCUGAGACAUGUUCCAGACUUGGACAAUUAUCAAAUAGUCCUGAAAUCUUACUGUCAAACUGAUCAGCGAGUCUUUAACAAGCCAACAGUAUCCCAAGUAGCUGCACCGUGGGUUGAAGGUGAAAACUCACAGGACAGCUAUGCUAGACACAUUCAAGUAUACACAAAAGAGGGUCACAGUCGUAGAAUUCAAUAUUACUAUGGCUGUUAUGAUCCAUUGCAGUAUCCACUUCUAUUUCCCUUUGGCGAAACAGGGUGGCAACCUGGAAUUCAGAGAUCUGGCACUGCUUUCAAAAACUUUGAGAAUUCAAAGGAGAAUGUGUCCAUGCGUGAAUACUAUGCAUAUAGGUUCCAGAUGAGGGAGAAAAAUAAACCAAAUAUUCUUAAUACUGCCCGUGCAUUUCAACAGUAUGUAGUGGACAUGUACGUAAAAAUUGAGAGUCAAAGGCUUGAUUUUUUCCGGCAUAGGCAACAACAAAUUAGGACUGAGCAAUUACAGGGUGUUAUGGAUUCUGUAGUUGAGGGCCAAUGUAGAGGUUCAAAAGUAGGGCAACGAGUAAUUUUGCCAGCAUCUUUUAUAGGAGGCCCGCGUGAUAUGAAAAGAAGGUAUGUUGAUGCUAUGGCCUUAGUUCAAAAAUUCGGAAAACCUAACAUUUUUUUAACAAUGACUUGUAACCCAUCAUGGCCAGAAAUCAAAGAAAACUUACUGCCCACUGAUGAGUCUCAAAACCGUGUUGAUCUUUCUGCUAGAGUUUUUCAUGCCAAGUUAGAAAUUUUAAAAGAAGAGUUGUUUAAGAAAGAGGUAUUGGGUAAAGUAGCUGCUUACACCUAUGUUGUUGAAUUCCCAAAAUGGGGGUUGCCGCAUGCACAUUUCUUAAUAAUUUUACACCCAACGUCUAAAUUAUAUUCAACGGAAUCCUAUGAUCACAUUGUUUCUGCUGAGAUUCCUGACAAGAAAGAGCAUCCACACUUGUUUAAAAUGGUUCGCAAACACAUGAUACAUGGUCCUUGUGGCAAUAAAAAUGCAGAUAACGUGUGUAUGCAAGGUACAACUGUUAAAAAAUGCAAAACUCAUUAUCCUAAACAGUGGGCAGAAAAGACUACACAAUCUGAAAAUUCUUAUCCAACAUAUAGGCGGAGGAACAAUGGAGAAAAGGUAAAAGUUCGAGGCCAUGAAUUGGAUAAUAGAUGGGUGGUUCCAUAUAAUCCUUACUUGUUAGCAAAAUUCAAUUGCCAUAUGAAUGUUGAAAUUUGCUCAACAAUAAAGGUAGUCAAGUAUACUUAUAAGUACAUAUAUAAGGGACAUGAUAAAAUACACUUUGCUGUGAAUUCAGAUGACAGAUCUAAAGAGAUAGAUGAAAUUAAGGAGUACCAAUCAGCAAGAUGGGUUACUCCUAUUGAAGCCAUUUGGCGAAUUUACAGAUUUCCCUUAUUUGAAACACAUCCUGGUGUCAUUAACCUUCAGCUACAUCUUGAAAAUUAUCAAUCUCUGACCUUCAAAGAUGAUGCUGAUCUUAGAGAUCUUUUGAAAAGUAAAUUUGCUAAGAAAAGUAUGCUAACUGAAUUUUUCCUUAUGAAUGCUACUGAUGAGAGAGCCAAAACAUUGAAAUGCACAUACAAAGAAUUUCCUGAACAUUUUGUGUGGAAACCUGGUAAACGCAUAUGGGAUAUUAGGCAGCAGAGAGGUUCAAUAGGCCGAAUUGUUACAGCAAAUCCAAGUGAGGGCGAGAGGUACUUCUUAAGAUUAUUGUUAUUGAAUGUAAAAGGGCCAACAUCAUUUGAUGACCUGAAAACUGUCGAUGGUGUUUAUGUUAAUACCUUUAGAGAAGCAGUAAUAAUGAGAGGAUUAUUUGAAUCCAAUAACCCUCAAGAGCAGUGCCUAGAAGAAGCAGCUUUAUACCACAUGCCAUAUAGCUUUAGAAGACUAUUUGCUACUCUAUUAGUUUACUUCACUCCUGCUGAUCCAAGAAGUUUAUGGUUAAAAUUCAAAGAAUCUCUGUCAGAAAAUUUCAAUAGAACUUUGAAUUUGUCAAGCGAUCAGGUACAACAUAAAGUUCUCUAUGAGAUUAGCAAGUUUUUAGAAUCAAUGGGAAAAAACAUUAAUAUGUAUGGAUUAGUACCACGAAUCUUAAAGUUUGAUGAACUGGAUGGAGGUACAAGAGACACAAAUUCUGAGCUAAACUUUAAAGUCAAUGAAGAAGAUAUUGCUGCUAUCUCUAAAUUAAAUAAAGAUCAAAAAGUAGCAUUUGAUACUAUCAUAGAUGCUGUUUUUGUACACUGCAAAGGGAGUUUCUUUAUUGAUGGGCCUGGGGGAACAGGGAAAACAUUCUUGUACCGUGCACUACUAGCUGCAAUUAGAUCAAAGGGAUGUAUAGCUUUGGCAACGGCCUCUUGUGGAGUAGCUGCUUCUAUCUUACUUGGAGGUAGAACAGCCCACUCACGAUUUAAAAUUCCUUUAGACAUGAAUCCUAACAACAUGUGCAAAGUAAGCAAACAAAGGUCAUUGGCAAAGUUAUUACAGCAAGCCAAAUUGAUCAUUUGGGAUGAAGCGCCUAUGACACAUAGAGCAGGAAUUGAGGGAGUAGAUCGUUUGCUUAGAGACCUAAUGGAUAACUCUGAAUUAUUUGGGUCAAAAGUGAUGGUAUUUGGUGGUGAUUUUAGGCAAGUUCUUCCAGUAGUUGUAAAAGGGUCAAAAUCAGACUUUAUCGAAGCUAGCCUUAUAAAAUCUUAUAUUUGGCCUCAUCUGCAGAAAUUAAAAUUGAAGGAAAACAUGAGAGCAAGAUUAGAUCCUGAUUUUAGCAACUACCUUCUUCGCAUAGGUAAUGGAACAGAAAACACAGUUAAAAAUGAAAGUAUUCACAUCUCUCAAGCAUUGCUUCUUCGCUAUACAAAUGAAGAAGAAUCCAUAAAUCAAUUGAUUACAACUGUCUAA